CCCAUACCUUGAUACUAUUGCUUGAUAACAUCUAACAAGUAUCCUAGACCGAUCAAAAUGGCACCAGGACCUAUCGACGCUAUUCCCCCACGCAACCCGACGCCACCAAAAGAAGAAUGGCAAAGCUCUAAACAGACGUCCUUCAGACUCCCCGACGGAAAAACGAACAUCUGGAUUGCCGAUACCGAUGGUGACUAUCUUGUUGGGUCUGGCAACACCACCCUAGCAAGAUGGUCAACGGAUGAACGACAGACCAGAAUCUCCCCUCCUAUGAUCAACGAUGACAGAGCACAAUUCGGACCUGUUCUUGAGCUCGAAAUAUUCAACGCCGAUAUCGAUGACCCAAGCUCACCUUUCGCCUCACAUGGCGAGCAUGGUGACUUGGCUUUGACAUGGGCUUCUGUGUAUGCGCUAUGGGUUCAUCCCGAUCACCGAGAUGAAGACUUGAUAGCUAUCUCAAUCGACAGCCACAAAAUAGGCGAAUACAUCAGAAGCACGGGAUUGGGUGUUUUAUCUCCUUACUCCUCGACAUCUACACCCCGCGAGACUGUUUACUGGCUUUCGCACGAUACAUUCUGGCAAGGCGCUGGAGCACCAGACUCGCAACAUUGGCUUCAAUCACGACCCGAAGUGACAAACUUCCCUGGCUUCAAUGGCACAAUGGGUGUUUUCGCAAGUCAAUUGGGUUUCACACGUAAAGGAAACGUGUGCACAGUUCACCCUGUUCGACCUCCCAAGCCCAGACCCGGCACCGUCAUUUACUCUCGUUACAUCGUGGAUCUAGGCCAACAGCUCCAGAUCCGCCACAUUGACGCUUCAAACCCAGCGCACUUUGAAGCCUACAAGAGCUGGCAAAAUUCAGACCGCGUCAACAAAGCGUGGAAAGAGCGCGGCCCAGAUGAACAUCACCGCAAUUACCUCGCCAAUCAACUCGCCGAUCCGCAUUCCAUGUCGUGUGUCUUUGAGUGGGACGGCCAGCUAGCAGGCUAUACCGAGAUAGGAUGGGUGAUGGAGGACAAUGCGGCGUGCUUCUUCAGAUCGGUGUGCAACAUCACAGUGGGCGAGCACGAUCAGAACAGUCACAUCAUCGUCGGAGAGGAGCGUUUCCGAGGAGGGAAAAGGUACCAGGCUGUGGCGACGAGCAUCAAGCACUGUUGCUUCCUGCGGGACCCAAGGACAAAGCAAGUUAUUGCGGAGCCUGAAUACGAUCUAAACCAUGUUCAGAUUCAGGACAGGUUUUUGCCGCAGGAGAGGAAGAAGAGGUUCCAUCUGCCGCACAAGACGGCUAUGCUGUUUGCCCUGCAGCGUGAGCGAUUUUUCCAAGAGGCGCACUUUGUUUAG